AUGUCUUCGACUCUCAGAACUAUUUUAGACAAGAUCGCGUCUACUAGUCAGCGCCAUGGGACUAAUGGUGCUGUUCGUCUGGUGGCAGUAAGUAAGACGAAGCCUCCUGAGUUGAUCAGAGCAGCUUAUGAUGCAGGACAGCAGCAUUUUGGAGAGAACUAUGUACAAGAAUUAGUGGAGAAAGCAAACCAUCCCCUUCUUUGUGAUUUAGACAUACGUUGGCAUUUUGUAGGCCAUUUACAAAGAAACAAAGCUAAGUUGUUAGCAUCUGUGCCUCAUUUGUGGAUGGUCGAGACCAUAGACACGCCGAAACUGGCAACAUCUCUUAACUCCAGCUGGAGUAAUCUGGCACUUCCACAAAAACUGAAAGUCAUGGUACAAGUGAACACAAGUGGAGAAGAAUCAAAACAUGGCUGUCCUCCUGAAGGCACGGUAGAGUUAACUAACCACAUCCUUCAGUCAUGCCCGCAAUUAGAUUUUACUGGACUAAUGACAAUUGGUCGGUUGUCACAUGACUAUAGUCAAGGACCCAAUCCUGAUUUUGAAUUGAUGCAUCAGUUGAAGUUAAAGAUUGUUGAUCAAUUGGGUCUAUUGGAAGAGAAGGUGGAGCUCAGUAUGGGUAUGUCAGCAGAUUUUGAAGAAGCCAUUGCAGCUGGAAGUACUAAUGUACGAGUUGGUAGUACCAUAUUUGGCACUAGAACUUACAACUAA